UGCUCUCGGUAUUCUCUCUGUUCUAUUCCAUUUUCUAGUGGUAUUCUGUGUUUGUGUGUGUGUGUGUGUGUGCGUGCGCGCGCGCAAGAGAAGUACGUGAGAUGAUAAUUUCAUCAAUUGGAGAGAUAUAUGUGAUACGACUGUUAAUAUUACUUCGGAUUAUUCUUGUUGCGAACUUUUCGAAAUAAGUUUUUGGCUUUAAAAUAUAUAAUUUCACGAGACAAGUGAGAGAGAGAGAAAGAAAGAGAGCGCAAGCAAGUGUCAUGCUUUGGAAAUUGUCGAGGCGCUCAACAAUUGUUAAAGAAACGAACACGAAACACAAGUGUGCGUUCAAUGCGAAGUAUUGUGUUGGCGCAGCUUGUUUUUUGCGUAAAAAGUAGAGACAAAGAGUGUAUAAAAUUAUAUAUUCAAAAUUUAAAUGUUAUCGGUCGCAAGUAUCUCUGGCAUAUUAUUCGGCGAACGAAUGACAAUAUUUUUUUUAUAUUGCACGCUUAGAGGUUAUUAUAUUAACAUUUGAUAAAGCGUGUGUGUGAUUAGUAAAAAUUGAGCAGAACUUGGCAAAUUUAUACGAUCGAUACGCGAUCGGGGUACGUUGUGACAUCAUGGAGAAGUUUGUGAUCGAUUUGGAUAAAGUUCUCAAUGAUUUUGAAUUUAACGAAGAUUGUGCGGAGCAAACAACUUCGGUUACAACCUGUGCGAUCGAUGCGUCGAGCAACAAAGACAACCGUGCUGCGGCACCUUCAAAGACGCGCAAUUUUAAUUCUGAAAAAAGCGUAGAGAUUGAUGUGCCUCUUGAAAAACGCAAAGAUACUCGCGAAAAGAACGUAGUUUCGGUAUCGGACAAUACAGAUUCUAUUAAUAAUCUUAAUACUUGCGUCAAUGAUAACACAACUGAACAGAAAUUGUAUGUUUAUACUCAAGAUCCUGAUCAAACAUCCCUAAUGAUGUACAAAGAUAUAUCGUGCAACUUGGUGCAGAAACAACAAAACGGAAGCAGCGAUUUGAAGAAUGACACGCGAUACGAUAAAAAAUUGAAUCAAUCGAAUUUCAAGCCCAGCAUCAGCAAUGUAUUCAGCAGCCUGAAUGAAUACAUCAAUGCUCCCACGGGAAGUUUAGAUUAUAUUGAACCUAUAUUGGAUAAAGCAGAAAAUUUACCUGGUACAAAAAAAACUAACAUUGCCGAAGAUGACUCCAAAUUGAACGAGACAAUUAACAUUCUCACUGGUAAAUGCUCCGCUCAAGAGGGAAAAAGAAUACAAGUAACUGAUGCGAGUGAUCACGCUUCUUUAGAUAUAAUCGAUAAAAAUGCCUUGGAUUACUGUUUGCCGUUAGAAUUGCCAGAUACAUUCGUCCAAGUUGUUGAAGUCGACAGCAAACAAGACAACGCGAUGCAAAAUAAUCUUAUGUCGCAACAUUCUCCUCAGAUAUCACUCGAUAGAAAUAAUAUUACCAACGUUGUGAUAACUGCGUCGGAUACUGUUGUAAAACAGGAUUCCAAGAAUAUUAUUGAAAACACAGAGUUGUUUGGUAACAGCAGAACACGUGUUAUUAAUGAGAAUGCAACGAUUAAUGAUGACACAUUCAAAGAGACGUCUCAAACUCUUGCCGACAAACAAAGACAAGAUGCGGAAGCUCAAGAUUCUGUCGGUGCGACAUUUGUCGAUGAGACAAAGACAGAUAGCGCUGUUGCAACCAACAACAAAAUUGAAGUGAACAAAGAGACAAAGACAGCUAAUAAUUGCAAUACUUUGUCCAAUGUUUAUACGAUGCGUGCGAAUGUUGGCAAUUUUUCUGAAGAUGAGCUCAAUCGGUAUUUGUUAGAAUUAGAAAUGGAAGUAAGAUCUAAAGUGGAAAACACGUGCUUGGAUAAAACUGCUUGGACCAAGUUGGAAAGCCUGCGAGAAAAGACUGUGAAUGAACGACGAGACGACGAAGACGCUAACGAGGCGCCGAUAUUUGAAAAAAUUAUGAUUGGCGAAUUACCAAAAAUAUCAGACGUUGAGUUUCACGAGAAAGCGAAAAAAUUUCCUGUCAUCGAUUAUAAUACUGAUGUGUGUAAUGAAGAUGUAAUGGAUAUACAAUGUAGCGAUGCAAGAGUCAUCUCAAACGAAACGAGUAAUCAAUUAAACGAUAGACAGAUUAACAAGAUGAUUAAAUCGACGAAACAUAACGAUGCAAAUAUUGCAAGUGGUUAUGCGGUACAAGAAAAUGCUUUAACGGCUACAUUGAGUGUUAUUGAUGAAGAUAAGUCGUCAGUAACGUCGGAAUCUAAAAAUGUAGGAGAACAAUGUAUUCGUAACAUAAAUAUGAUGCCGAAAUUACAACAGAAUAUUCAUGUAGAUACUCACUUAGAAAAUAGCAAUAGCAGCGCUGUGAAAACUUUUCCGUCAAAUUUAUCGGAGAAAGAUGAUUGCAACGAUAAAAUUUAUUGCCGAGAUCUUGUGGAAAAUAGCAAGGAAAAUGUUCUCGCGCAACAUGGUGCUCGAACGCGUGAUAACGAUACAAGUUCCAAGACGGAAAGUACGUCCAAACUCACUGACUCUUGUGUAGUUCAUACUAGUGAAAAUAAUCAAGAAGCUGGCAAACCGGCUCGUCCGCAGACUUUAAAUAUCGUCUCGACACAUAAGAAAGAUGAAUCUCAUAUGUUUGAAUCUUCGAGCGCUAUACCGGAAGGUGGACCGGAACGUUCGGAAGGUCGAAGUGUUGUUGAGGAAGAUCGAGGAGCUUCGUCGGACGUGUCCGAUAAUUCUUUAGUCGAAUUUAACGUAGUGUUGGGAAAGCAGCCUCCAUUCUGGAUUCCGGAUAGCGACGCGCCUAGUUGUAUGUUGUGUGACACUAAAUUUACCGUACUUAAGAGACGUCAUCAUUGUCGUGCUUGUGGUAAGGUGUUGUGUAACAAAUGUUGCAAUAUGAAGUAUAGAUUGGAAUAUCAAAUCACAAUCGAUUCUCGCGUUUGUGCUCCGUGUUAUCAACUACUUACGAAAGCGGAGAAUGAACACGGGAUAAAUGAUUGGUCGACUAAUUACAGUUCGUAUUCUGGACAUAAUGAUAUCAAUUCUCCACAAGGGAGACAGCCUAAUCCAAAUAAUCCCAUGGAGUACUGUUCAACUAUACCACCCUUGCAACAGUUAGCCGGCGGUUUACCACCACCGCCAACGGUGAUGGUGCCUGUAGGCGUUUUGAAGAGGGAAGGUUCGAAGCAUCGUACAGAAGGACAGAAAUCUGUUAUAUUCAGUGACGGAAUAAGGCCUGGCUGUGACCUGACAGAGCUAGACACGUGUUGGGAUCCGAAGCCACCGUACCGUAAGCAAGGAAACAAGCGAGUUUUUAUGUCAGGAUCCACGUUAACGGAUACCGUGAUGAGGAAGCAGAGUCACCCUCCUCUAGACAGCGUGACCAACAGUUACAUACCGCACGAUUCCAAUUUAUUACCGCCAACCGUCACUAUACAUAAAGGCCAAGUUACGUAUCAUCCGCCAAUGGAAGAAGGUCUGCUCUAUAAAACGCUAAAAAAUGAAUGCGAACCUCCGGUAAUGUUCGCGAUCAAUCGAAAUCUGUAUGCGUAUGUGAAGAUAACUAAUCUGAACUGCUGUGUGAACAAGAUCUGCUGGAACGUAACGUCGAGAGGUCUCGCUUGUGUCGGCCAAGACGAAGUUAUAUUGUUAGUGGAAGUUUUACCGGAUGAAACGCGAAUUCCGAAAGAUCUUCUCAUAUAUAUCAAUCAGUUGUAUCUCGAAGCUAUAAAAGGUAACACGAUGACGGAACUCGGAUUUUCGAUAUAUCAAGGUGGCAACUUGCUAGGUUCGCGCGAGCAUAAAGGAUUUCUUUUUAUUCGUCAAACAUUGCAGUGUUUACAAAAGAUUAUUUUACCACCCGCACCUUUUCUGAUUGCGCUCUUGGUUCAUAGAUGGGAAACUCCGUGGGCCAAAGUCUUCCCAUUAAGACUCGUUCUACGUCUUGGUGCGGAAUAUCGUUAUUAUCCUUGCCCACUUGUGUCCGUUCGUUUUCGGGACGCGUUAUACUUCGAAAUCGGACAUACCGUUAUGAAAGUAUUGGCAGAUUUCAGACAUUUCGCUUAUACUUUACCGAUAGUUAGAGGUUUAACGAUUCAUCUUAAGAAUCGUACAACGGACGUUAUGUUUCCCAGAAAUCGUUAUGAUCAAGUAAUAAAAGGACUUAACAACUCGAACGAUCACGUUUUGGCUUACGCUUCGAAUUUUAGUAUAACUGCGGAUUCGCAUUUAGUUUGCAUACAAACGAAUACUGGUGACGAAAGCAAUUAUCAGACACAAGCGAUAAAUAUUCACAAUAAACCAAGAACGGUAACCGGUGCUAGUUUUAUUGUCAUCAAUGGCGCUUUAAAAUCGUCGAUGGGGCUUUCCGCAAAGUCGAGUAUUGUGGAAGAUGGUUUGAUGGUGGAGAUAAUGCCGGAAAAAAUGGAAGCGUUGAAAGCCGCUCUGAAAAACAUGCAGGACUUCUCGAUCGGUUGCGGACGUCAAGGAGCGUCGGAGCCGGACGAGACUGUGAAUAUAAAAUGGGUCGAUAACGACGUAAUGUUUAAUAUAGGAGUUAAAAGUCCUAUUGAUGGACAAUUAAUGGACGGUAUACCGUCGAUUAGGGUACAUAAUGGCACCGAUUACAAAGGAACUACUCGAUUUAUACGAUGGACAGAAGUAUUCAUCAUAAAAUCGGAUGAUCAUUCGAGUGGCGUGAACGAUCCGGUGGAUAUAAAUAAACUUUCUGGCAAUAUAGCGAAAGCAACGUGUACAGCGCUAGUUAAACUGUUGGAUCUUCUCGCGACGGCAGGUUUAACGAAGCUUGGUGUACGGGCAACGAUUCAUCCAGAUAACGUGGGCUACGAAGCUGGAAGCGAGGGUACGAAAUUGCCGCCUAUUUAUAUGAAAAGUUUGGACAAUGAAUUAAUUCAAGUUUUACACAAAGCUGCGCAGAGCAGUCAGGAUGCGCACACAGUGCUUGAAUUAAUAUUUUACAUACUUGAGGAUUAAAAGACUUACAAAGCAUAUGUUCUGUAUUUCUUUUAAUUGCCAAUGUUGUUGAGAUCGAAUUACUUUUACUCAGCGGGAAAAAUGUGCAAUUAUAUACAUUAAUAUAUGACCUGUAAAUUAUCUUUUUCGUGUUAUAAUUGAUUUAAGAUCUAAUAUUUUCAAUUUCUGUUUAUUCUGAUAGCGAAUAAAAUAUUGUUAAAUAUUAGGAAUUUUAUUGCAAACGUCACCGAUAUAUAAUUUGAUCGUAAAUUCAUUUUCUUACAAACUUACACAAGAAUCGAAAAAAAAACAUUAAUACAAAAAAUUGUUUAACGUCGUUUAAGUUUUUUUCUUUGCUGUUUU